CUUUCUUUGCUACCGCCUCAUUGUUUCAUUUCCCACACUAUUAAACCCUUCCACUACUCCCCUCUUUUCAUUAUCAAAACGCACUGUGGGAGCCUCGAUCACGUAAAGUAUCUCUAUAAUUGCUUUGAUACAUCAAUCAAACACACUCACAAUCGGUUAUCCGAUCAAUCUAUCCAGCCAUGGCUGACGAAAUCGACAAACUCAUCGGAGUUUUGUUCGACGAUAAACCUACAUCUUCAUCAUCGAUCGAUAUCAGACUCCGCUCCGAGAAAUUAGGGCUCGAAAAGUUGUAUUUGAUCCUCAAACAAGGCGUUGAUGCUGAUAGUGAUGGAAAAUUAGGGCUUCAACGCUGGGAACCGGCUCAGAUUCAAGCCGUUGUUUCCGUUGCGUAUGCGAUUGUUUGUUCAAAUCGAUCUGUUUCUGUGGAGCAAGUGGAACCGAUAAUUGUUGCUGUGAUGGAGCAGUCGUUGGAGUUUGCUCUUUGUUGUUUGGAGAAGUCAGUUGCUACCAGUGAUGAUUUAAGUUUUAUUCAGUUAUCGGAGAUUGCAUUAGUAGAUGGAACGAUCAAAGAGGCUGAUGCGUGUCAUCCUUCUUCUUUGAAUUCACUCAUAGAUUCAUUGAAGUCAAUUACAUUAAGAAGUGAGAAUAUAGAUUUGCAAGACCAUAUUGAGUGUAUCAUUCAGGGGAACAGUUGCUCAAAAGAAAAAGAACCUGUUGAUCGUCUUCUUAUGACAUUGGCUUCUGAGUGGACACAACAUGAUAUUAUGAACUCAUGGACAAACGGAAGGAGUUCUCAUGAUUUUAAUAAACUGGUCCCACUGUUGCAGCACUGGGCAGUUGUUCACUUGGGAUGCAUACACCGCCUUGUUUCAUAUUGCACGGGAUUGUUUGAGAAUCUGGAUAAGUGUGAUGAGAAGAUAGACGGCAUCAAUUUGCGAAAAAGAUUGUCAUUCUGUACAAGAAUUUUCAAAUUACUCGCAAGUGUUAGUAAAGACGCCCCGUAUGUUGAAUACGAUGCCAAAUUGUUGGGAUCUUUCGCAUCGUUUGCGAAUGGGCUGCCUAGUUUGUUCAGAAGUGGAUAUGAAUUUGCCACAAGCAAUGUUUCCGUUGAAUUCAAUAUCGAAAGUCUUGUGGUGUCUAUGCUGGAGGCGUUUCUUCACCUAGUACAUACAAUUUUCUGCAACAGCAAUGUGUUUCAGAACAUCUUGGUAUGUGUAAUAGUGUCGGUAUUUGAAAAUCUGGAUGUUGAUGUGUGGAGAUACGACAAGUCUGUUACAAACAUAAAGCUUCCAGUGGCUUACUUCCCUCGAAUCGUCCUUUACAUUCUGAAGUUAGUUGAAGAUAUAAAGAAACAACAGUAUCAGGCUCUUGAAUUGAAGGGCUUACACACAGGAAAUAGUGGCAGUUCUGCUAUUGAUGUUCAGGCUGAUUUGUUCUCAUGUGGUGUUGGUUCUAGAAAGAUCUCUUUGGUGAAGAAAUACACAGUUGAAGAGUUGUUAAAAGUGGUAUUUCCAAAAUCAAAGCAAUGGGUGGACAAUUUAAUGCACCUUGCUUUCUUCCUACACUCAGAGGGGGUCAAGAUGUUACCGAAACUCGAUCGAUCAUAUUCCAGCUGUACAAAGGCUUCUUCCACGCUGGAACCUGAAAGCACCGUUUGCCACGAGGAUGAAGCACUGUUUGGUGAUCUUUUCUCCGAGGGUGGGCGCUCUGUAGGAUCGACAGAUGGAUUUGAUCAAUCGGUUAUCGCUAUUAGUUCUGUUAGCAAUCUAAAUAUGCCGCUUCAAGCUGCCACGGAAGUGUUUAUCUUUAUGAAGACUAGCGUUUUUUCUUCUGAAUGGAAUUCUUCAACAUAUGAAGAUGCAUGCAAAAAGCUGACUUCAAAUCAUAUCGAUAUCAUGCUUUCUGUUCUCAGCUGUCAAGGGUGUUAUGCUGGAGACAGGCCUUCGGAUGCUGGUGAUAGAAAAUUUGUGCAUACUCACGAGGUUUGCUAUGAGGUUUUACACAACUUGAUCUCAUUCCACGCAUUACCCGAUUCCCUUGAAGAGUACCUCGUUUGCAAAAUAUUGACCGUAGAGAACGGUUCUUUUGUAUACAACCAUCAGACGCUGGCUUUAUUAGCUCAUACGCUUAUAUGCCGGGUUGGUUUAUCUGGCAAUCAAUUGAGAACAAUAGUCCAGAAAGUGUUUGUGGAAUUUGUUUUCGAGAAGGUGAAAUCAGUAUGCGGACGCUGCCCUAGUCUCAAAGAACUUAUUGACGAUCUUCCUUCCGUCUUUCAUAUCGAGAUUCUUCUGAUGUCGUUUCAUUUAUCAUCUGAAGAAGAAAAAGCGGUACAAGCGAACUUCAUAUUUUCCUCAAUUAAAACAGUUGAGCUUCUCUCUAAUGGCUUUAGCAGCACCCAGCUAUCAUGUUGGGCGAUGCUAGUAUCACGGUUGAUUUUGAUUCUUCGACACAUGAUAUUUUAUCCCAAUGUUUGUCCUCCAACGUUACUUUCAGAGUUGAAAUUAAAGUUAAGGGAAGCUCCACUUGCUAGGUCAGUUCCCAAUGCAAGCAACCAUACGUUUUGGGCAUCAACUUUUGUGGAGAACGUGAUGCGGGUUUUUACCAUAGAAGGGGAAGUCAGCAGUUACUUUUUAAAUCAACUGAUUGAUGUCACAUCCUUUACGGCUUCAGCAUGUAAGGAAGAUGUGGCGGUUGAAUGCUUAGGUCUGAAUUGGGCUGAAGUAUGUUCUUCCUUCUCUUGGAUUUUAGGGUUUUGGAGAGGCAAAGAAGCAUCUACAAUGGAGGACUUAGUUCUUGAACGAUACGUUUUUAUGCUUUGUUGGGAUAUCCCUCCUAUGCACGCCACCUUGGAUUUGAUUCCUUCCGAUCUUCAGACUCUCGAUAUGAAUAGCACUGAACACUUUCUGUACUUUAGUCAUUCAAUCCUGGGCAGUUGUGGGGUUGCUACAGGUGCUAAUUUUUCGAAUUUAGUGUUUUCCGUGCUCGAACAGUUGCAAUCAAUGAGAAUUUACGUGGAAACUGAACAACUUGGCUGGGACUUUAUGAGGAGUGGAUCGUUGUUGUCUCUGGUACUGUCCCUAUUUGGAGCUGGAACUCAGAGGUAUAGCGUGAAUAACGAAAUUGAUUCGUUCGGUGCGGUCUUACUGGAGCACACAUCCAGAGACGCUGAGUUUCUUUCACUUGCUGAAAAGCUGGUCGUCAGUUCACUUAAUGCAGAUACCGUUGCAGUGGUCUUACGGUCGUUGUCCAUAAUAUUAUCGACCUACAGAAACGUUUACCAAAAAACCUUACUUUCUACUUUUGGCGAUGGCCAGAGCUUUGAUGACAAGUUUUCACCUCUAUUGCUUCUAAAACACACCGGAUUUGAUAAGUCUCUGCAGGAUGUGCUUUUUGAGAAAUGCUCUAUCAGCCCUGGUCAACUGGAGUCUAUUUGUGAACUUUUGUCAAAGUUGGGUACUGCUGUUGAUAAGAUGGCACCGGGAAUCUGGAAUAAGGUCUUUUUGGAACUUAUAGUGCACGGUUUCCCAUGUAGUAAUCAAGUUUCCAGUGGGUUUCUCCUAUCUUGCAUUCUUAGCGUUAAAGGGAUACUUUAUGUUCUGGAUGGACUUCUCAAGGUGAUAAAGGCAAAGGAAAUUACCUCCGUUGAGGCUGAAGUACGUUAUGAGAUUCUUGAGUCGGUAUUGUCGAUUAAAGCUGAUGCGGUAUUUAGCAGUCUUCAUGGUCACUGCGAUGCAAUUUAUGGAAGCCUGAGUGAUGAUUUAGAAGGUUUUGAUUACAGAAGUUUCUUUAAGAUGAAGAACAUGUAUGAUAUCUUGAGGGAUAUUAAUGUUAAGGAAGUUGUUGACGUUGCUGUUAACGAAUGUGUGGUGUCCAAGACUAUUGAAAUCAUAGACAACAUCAUGAAGGAUUCUUUAAAGUCAUCUGUAUUGAAAUAUUUCAUGUCUGACGGAGAUGUUUCUAAACAAAUGGGAGGCCCGUAUAGUUCUCCGCAUGGGGAUCUUUUGGUCCUCAUUGAUGCAUUGGACAAUUGCAACUCUGAAUCGGCAAAUGUGAAGGUUCUUAAUUUCUUUGUUGAUCUUCUAUCUGGAGAUGUAAGUCCCAAUUUCAAACCGAAAUUGCAGAAGAAGUUCCUUCACAUGGAUGUGCUUCGUCUCUCCAAAUGGCUGGAAAAGAGACUAUUAGGGUCCACAAGUGAACCUUCAGGCGAUGCCAUUUGUGUAAACGGAAGUUCGUCAUCAUCAUCCCUAAGAGAGUCAACCAUGAAAUUCAUUGCAUCACUAAUAUCUCCUCCUGAAGCACAAUCUGAGGAACUGCAUUAUCACAUUUACGAAGCUUUGUUGGUUUCACUUGAUAAUGCCUUUAUGCUGUAUGAUGUCAAUACAGCAAAAUCCUAUUUGAAUUUUGUUGUUCAACUUUCAAGCGGAGAGGCCUCAGUGAAACCCCUUUUAGAACGGACAGUGAUGCUGAUAAAAAAACUGGCUUCCGAUGAGCGUUUGCUUCAAGGUUUAAAAUUUCUCCUUGGUUUUCUUGGAUCAUUGGUAAGUGAUUUUGGGUCUAAUAAGAACAACACUGCUGCAAUGUUAGUUGAGAAGUCUUCACGUAGGAGUGGUUCUGGGAUAGGACCCUUGGCCUCAAGGUCCUUGGGUUCAAGGAAACAUCCUGAUGCUUUGGUUCUUUCUUCUAAUCAAGAAGGUGGGUCCGCAUCUCUUGAUUGUGAUGCAACUUCAGCUGAUGAAGAUGAGGAUGAUGGAACAUCAGAUGGCGAAGUGGGUAGUAUUGAUAAGGAAGACUUUGAUGAUAGUAACAGUGAAAAAGCCCUCGCUUCUAAAGUUUGUACGUUUACGUCCAGUGGGAGUAAUUUUAUGGAACAGCACUGGUAUUUCUGUUAUACAUGUGAUCUGACCGUUUCAAAAGGUUGUUGUUCUGUUUGUGCAAAAGUCUGUCAUCGAGGACAUCGUGUUGUCUACUCUCGAUCAAGUCGGUUUUUUUGCGACUGUGGAGCAGGGGGUGUACGGGGCAGCAGUUGCCAGUGCCUGAAGCCUAGGAAAUUCACUGGAGGUAACAGUAGCAGCAACAGCAACAGUACGCCUACUCGUAAUCCUGGCAAUCUUCAUUCGUUUCUACCGUUCACAGAUGAUGGGGAUCAGAUGCCUGAAAGUGAGUCAGAUGUUGAUGAAGAUGGUUCAUUGGACAUGGAUAACUCUUUAAGAUUAUCCUUUCCAAGGGAAAUACAAGAGGCAAUACCGUCAUUGAUAAAAGAACUUGAUGUUGAAGAUCGGGUGCUUGAACUUUGCUCUUCGUUGUUGCCAUCUAUAACUAGCCAAAGAGACUCCAACCUCUCCAAAGACAAGAAUAUCUCAAUUGGUGAAGACAAACUGUUGAGUUUCAGUGCAGAUCUUCUACAGUUAAAGAAGGCAUACAAAAGCGGUUCCUUGGAUCUAAAGAUAAAAGCAGAUUAUCCAAACGCAAAGGAACUUAAGUCCCAUUUAGCUAGUGGUUCCCUUGUCAAAUCAUUGCUUAGUGUCAGCACUCGAGGCCGACUUGCUGUUGGAGAGGGUGAUAAAGUGGCUAUAUUCGAUGUUGGACAGCUGAUUGGACAGGCCACUAUUGCACCUGUUACUGCUGACAAGGCUAAUGUGAAGCCUCUGUCAAAGAAUGUCGUUCGUUUCGAGAUUGUACAUCUUGCUUUUAACCCAUUGGUUGAGAAUUACCUUGCCGUGGCAGGCUAUGAAGAUUGCCAGGUUCUUACCGUAAGUCAUCGUGGAGAGGUAACAGAUCGUUUGGCAAUUGAACUUGCCUUGCAGGGUGCUUACAUAAAACGUUUAGAAUGGAUUCCUGGUUCACAAGUUCAGCUUAUGGUGGUCACCAACAAAUUUGUGAAGAUAUACGAUCUUUCUCAGGACAACAUAAGUCCCAUGCACUAUAUCACCUUGCCGGAUGACACAAUUGUCGACGCAACACUGGCUGUGGUUUCCCAGGCGAAAGUGUUCCUUCUAGUUCUUUCUGAAAACGGUAGCAUAUUCCGGCUAGAAUUGUCAAAUGAUGGAAAAGCUGGUGCAAAAACGUUAAAAGAUAUUGUGGAAACCCCAGGCAGGGAAACACAUGCAAAGGGUUCUUCGUUAUACUUCUCAUCAACUUACAAGCUGCUAUUUGCUUCAUAUCAAGAUGGAACAACGUUAGUAGGCAGGCUUAAUCAUGGUGCGUUAUCUCUAUCUGAGAUGUCUGCUGUUUAUGAGGAUGAACAAGAUGGUAAGCGUCGUCCAGCUGGAUUGCAUCGUUUUAAAGAGUUGCUUGCUGGCAGUGGGUUAUUUGUUUGCUUCUCAAGUGUGAAAUCCAAUGCUGCGUUGACUGUUUCAAUUGGAGAGCAUGAAAUUCUUGCACAAAAUAUGCGGAAUGGAGUGUAUUCUACCUCGCUUUUGGUGGGUAUAACGGCAUAUAAGCCUUUAUCCAAAGAUAAAAUUCACUGUCUUGUUUUGCAUGAUGAUGGUAGUCUUCAGAUAUAUACACAUGUUCCUGUGGGGGUUGAAGCUGGUGCAAAUGUGAUUCCCGAAAAAGUUAAAAAGUUAGGGUCUGAGAUACUCAACAGCAAAGCUUAUGCUAGUUUAAAGCCAGAGUUCCCACUUGAUUUUUUUGAAAAAACAGUAUGCAUUACGGCUGAUGUGAAGUUAAGUGGUGAUGCCAUCAGGAACGGGGAUUCUGAAGGUGCAAAGCAGAGCUUAGCAUCAGAAGAUGGAUUUCUUGAGAGUCCUACACCUGCAGGGUUUAAGAUUACUGUUUCUAAUUCAAAUCCCGACAUAGUGAUGGUUGGAUUUCGUGUCCAUGUGGGUAAUACAUCAGCAAAUCAUAUACCGUCCGAUAUAACCAUUUUCCAGAGAGUUAUAAAACUAGACGAGGGCAUGAGGUCUUGGUAUGACAUCCCAUUUACAGUUGCAGAAUCACUUCUAGCUGAUGAAGAAAUCACAAUAUCCAUAGGACCAACUUUUAAUAGAUCAACUUUGCCAAGAAUAGACACCUUAGAAGUCUAUGGUCGAGCAAAGGAUGAAUUUGGUUGGAAGGAAAAGAUGGAUGCCGUAUUGGACAUGGAGGCGCGUGUGCUUGGUAGCAGUUCAUGGGUUGCGGGAUCUGGGAAAAAAGGCCGUACUGGUCAAGCAGCGCCUAUUGAGGAGCAGGUUGUUGCAGAUGGACUCAACCUUCUGUCAAGGUUAUAUUCAUUGUGGAAGCCAGAGGGUAACUCGAACGUGGAGGAAGUUAAUGCACAGCUCAGCAAGUUGAAGUGCAAGCAGUUGUUGGAAACGAUAUUCGAAAGCGACCGGGAACCUUUGUUGCAGGCUGCUGCAUUUCGUGUUCUUCAGGCUGUGUUUCCUAAAAAAGAAAUAUAUUAUCAAGUUAAGGAUACCAUGAGGCUUCUAGGGGUGGUAAAAUCAACUUCUACUCUGUUAUCGAGGCUGGGAAUUGGUGGAAGUACAUCAGGGUGGAUCAUUGAAGAGUUUACAGCCCAGAUGCAUGCUGUUUCUAAGAUUGCACUUCAUCGGCGUUCUAACUUGGCUACCUUCCUUGAAACACAUGGUUCAGAGGUGGUUGAUGGGCUUAUGCAGGUUUUAUGGGGAAUUUUGGACAUAGAGCAGCCUGAAACACAGACCAUGAACAACAUUGUUAUAGCAUCUGUAGAUCUUAUCUACUCUUAUGCUGAGUGUUUGGUUUCACAUGAAAAGGAUGCAGGAGUUGAUACUGUCGCGCCAGCAGUUUCUCUUUUCAAAAAACUUCUGUUCUCUCAAAAUGAGGCUGUCCAGACUUCUAGCAGCUUGGCGAUAUCUUCAAGGUUACUUCAGGUCCCAUUUCCAAAGCAAACUAUGUUAGGUACAGAUGACUCAGUGGAGAGUUCAACCUCUGCUCCUGCACGUGCUGAUGUGGCAAGUUCAACAGGUGGAAAUGCUCGGAUUAUGGUUGAGGAAGACUCCAUCACUUCAUCUGUUCAAUACUGUUGUGAUGGCUGUUCCACUGUCCCUAUACUCAGGAGGAGAUGGCACUGUACAGUCUGCCCUGAUUUCGAUUUAUGUGAAGCCUGCUAUGAAAUGCUCGAUGCUGACCGGCUUCCUCCGCCUCACUCGCGAGACCAUCCUAUGUCAGCAAUUCCAAUUGAAGUCGAAACAUAUGGUGGAGAGGGCAAUGAAAUGCAGUUCUCUACUGAUGAUUUAACUGAUCCGAUGUUGCUGCCAGUUGCAUCUGAUGCUGGCAUGCAGACUUCUACUGCAAUUCAUGUAUUGGAAACCAAUGAAUCUGAAGAAUUUCUAGCUUCAGUCACUGACCCUGUUACAAUUUCCGCAUCAAAAAGGGCUAUAAAUUCUUUAAUCCUUUCGGAGUUCCUUAAACAACUAGAAGGAUGGAUGGACAAUACUUCUGGUGUUCGGGCUAUCCCGGUUAUGCAGCUCUUCUACAGGCUAUCUUCCGCAGUAGGUGGACCUUUUGUUGAUAGCUCAAGGCCUGAAAGUCUAGAUCUGGAGAAACUGAUAAAAUGGUUCUUAGAUGAAAUUUCUAUUAACAAACCUUUUGCAGCCAAUACCCGUUCUUCUUUCGGGGAAGUCACAAUCUUGGUAUUUAUGUUCUUCAUAUUAAUGCUGCGAAACUGGCACCAGCCUGGUGGUGAUGGUUCGAUACCAAAACCAGGUGGAUCAACGGAUUCACACGAUAAAAGCAUUACCCAGAUUCCGUCUUCUGCCCCAGUUACCUCUUCAUCUUCAGUGGAUGACCAAGAGAAGAAUAGUUUUCAUUCUCAACUGCUUCGAGCUUGCGGGGCCCUUCGGCAACAGGAUUUUAUAAAUUAUCUUAUGGAUAUUUUACAACAGCUAAUGCAUGUUUUUAAGUCCCCGUCUGUUGGUUUUGAUUCUUCACAUGGUGCUAACUCUGGAUCAGGAUGUGGGGCCCUAUUAACCGUCCGCAGAGAGAUACCUGCAGGUAAUUUUUCUCCAUUCUUCUCUGACUCGUAUGCUAAAUCGCAUCGCUCGGAUAUGUUUGCGGACUACCAUCGGUUAUUGUUAGAGAACACUUUCAGACUAGUUUACAGCUUGGUUCGCCCUGAAAAGCAUGACAAGUCUGUGGAAAAAGAAAAGUUCUUCAAAAUUCCAUCUGGGAAAGAUCUGAAGCUUGAUGGAUAUCAGGAUGUUCUAUGCAGUUAUAUCAAUAACGUCAAUACGACUUUUGUAAGAAGGUAUGCUAGGCGGCUUUUCUUACAUCUGUGCGGUAGCAAAACACACUAUUACAACGUUCGUGACUCGUGGCAGUUCUCAAGCGAAGUUAAGAAUCUGUAUAAACACAUAAACAAGUCAGGUGGAUUUCAAAGUACUCUCUCAUAUGAGAGGAGUGUCAAGAUAGUGAAAUCUUUGUCUACUAUGGCUGAAGUAGCUUCUUCGCGUCCAAGAAACUGGCAGAAAUAUUGUUUGAGGCAUGGUGAUGUUUUGCGUUUUCUUGUUAAUGGUGUGUUCUACUUUCCAGAAGAAUGCGUGUCUCAGGCUCUUAAACUUCUGAAUUUGUCUUUCUACAACGGAAAGGACAUUAGCUUGUCGCUACAGAAAGCUGAUGGAAGUGAAACUGUUACUGGAACAAGUUCGAGCAAAUCUGGGUCAUCUGGGUCACAAUCUGUUGAUUUAAAGAAGAAAAAGAAAGGAGAUGAUGGGACGGAAGCUGGUUUGGAUAAAUCAUACAUGGAUAUGGAGCCAAUGGUUGAUAUUUUUGCUGACAAAGGGUAUGAUGUGUUGAGGCAGUUUGUUGAUUGCUUUUUACUUGAGUGGAACUCUAGUGCUGUCCGUGUGGAAGCCAAAUGUGUACUGUAUGGAGCGUGGCAUCAUGGAAAACAAUCGUUUAAGGAAACGGUGUUGACAAUUCUUUUGGAGAAAAUAAAAUUCUUACCUAUGUAUGGUCAGAAUAUUAUGGAGUAUACAGAACUCGUCACUUGUCUGUUAGGGAAGGUACCUGAUAACAAUACAAAGCAACAGAACAAUGAAAUUGUAGACCGAUGCUUAACUUCUGAUGUGAUCAAGUGCAUCUUUGAUACCCUUCACCUACAAAACGAGCUGUUGGCUAACCAUCCCAACUCACGCAUAUACAAUACCCUGAGUGGGUUGGUGGAGUUUGACGGUUAUUAUCUGGAGAGUGAGCCUUGUGUUGCGUGUAGCUGCCCUGAGCUUCCUUACAGUAAAAUGAAGUUGGAAAGUCUGAAAUCAGAGACGAAGUUCACUGAUAACCGCAUAAUAGUGAAGUGCACAGGGAGCUACACCAUUCAGAGUGUGACCAUGAAUGUUCAUGAUGCUCGCAAGUCGAAGUCAGUGAAGGUAUUGAACCUGUAUUACAACAAUAGACCUGUGGCUGACUUGGCGGAGCUGAAAAACAAUUGGGCCUUGUGGAAGCGUGCCAAAAUAUGCCAUCUUGCUUUUAAUCAGACUGAAUUGAAAGUGGAUUUCCCUAUUCCCAUCACUGCAUGUAACUUCAUGAUUGAACUUGAUUCUUUUUACGAGAAUCUACAGGCACUAUCUCUCGAACCUUUGCAAUGCCCACGGUGCAGUCGUCCUGUUACUGAUAGGCAUGGAAUCUGUGCUAACUGUCAUGAGAAUGCUUAUCAGUGUAGGCAAUGCCGCAACAUUAAUUACGAAAAUCUGGAUUCUUUUCUAUGUAACGAGUGUGGUUAUAGCAAGUAUGGACGUUUUGAAUUCAAUUUCAUGGCAAAACCAAGCUUCACAUUUGAUAACAUGGAGAAUGAUGAUGAUAUGAAAAAGGGCCUGGCUGCUAUAGAGUCUGAAUCUGAGAAUGCUCAUAGGAGAUAUCAGCAGCUUUUAGGCUUUAAAAAACCUCUUCUGAAGAUUGUAUCAAGCAUUGGUGAGAAUGACAUGGAUUCUCAACAGAAGGAUUCUGUUCAGCAAAUGAUGGUAUCUUUACCUGGUCCUUCAUGUAAGAUAAACCGUAAGAUCGCACUUCUUGGUGUUCUUUAUGGUGAAAAAUGCAAAGCGGCUUUUGACUCAGUCAGCAAAAGUGUUCAGACCCUUCAAGGGCUUCGACGGGUUUUGAUGAAUUACUUGCACCAAAAACAUUCUGACGAGUCGGUUGCAUCAUCCAGACUUGUUGUUUCCAGGUCACCAAACAGUUGUUACGGUUGUGCCACUGUGUUCGUGACACAGUGUCUCGAGAUCCUACAGGUACUGUCAAGGCACACAGGCUCUAAGAAGCAGCUUGUGUCAGCUGGAAUACUCUCUGAGUUAUUUGAGAAUAACAUUCAUCAAGGUCCCAAAACAGCUCGUGUUCAAGCCAGAGCAGCACUUUGCGCUUUUUCUGAAGGUGACAAGAAUGCGGUGUCGGAGUUGAACGCUCUUAUACAGAAGAAGGUAAUGUAUUGCCUCGAACAUCAUCGUUCUAUGGAUAUCGCACUUGCGACACGCGAAGAGUUGCUUUUGCUUUCAGAGGUGUGCUCUUUGGCUGAUGAAUUUUGGGAAUCAAGAUUGCGUGUCGUCUUCCAGUUAUUAUUCUCUUCAAUUAAAUUGGGCGCCAAACAUCCAUCUAUAUCCGAGCAUGUUAUUCUUCCUUGCUUGAGGAUUAUAUCGCAGGCAUGCACUCCUCCAAAACCCGAUUCAUCAGACAAGGAACAGGGAGGAAAACCACCGCAAAAGGAUGAAAACAACACAAAUUCGUCUAGAUCUGUUAGCGGAAGCAAGUCUGUGCCAGAAGCAUCAGAGAAGAACUGGGAUGGUUCUCAAAAGCCUCACGAUAUUCAGUUGUUGAGCUACUCAGAGUGGGAAAAAGGUGCUUCGUAUCUCGAUUUCGUUAGGCGGCAUAAAGUUUCACAGGCAACUAGACACGGGCAGAGAUCACGGCCUCAGCGAUAUGAAUAUCUUGCCUUAAAGUACGCGCUUCGAUGGAAACGUCGUGCUUGUAGAACAGGUAAAAGUGAAAUAGCAUCCUUUGAACUGGGUUCGUGGGUUACAGAACUGGUUCUGAGUGCUUGUUCUCAAUCUAUAAGAUCUGAGAUGUGCAUGUUGAUCAGCCUGCUUUGUGCCCAAAGCUCAUCAAGACGGUUUCGGCUACUAAAUUUACUCAUGUCUUUGUUGCCGGCAACUCUUUCUGCUGGUGAAAAUGCUGCUGAGUAUUUCGAAUUGCUCUUCAAGAUGAUAGAAACAGAAGAUGCACGUCUUUUCUUGACUGUAUGUGGAUGUUUGACUACAAUAUGUAAGUUGAUUACUCAAGAGGUAAGUAAUGUUGAAUCUUUGGAGAGGAGCCUGCGUAUUGACAUCUCACAGGGAUUUAUUCUUCACAAACUUAUUGAGCUCUUAGGAAAAUUUUUGGAUGUCCCCAAUAUCCGAUCCAGAUUUAUGAGAGAACAGCUGCUCUCUGAAGUACUUGAGGCCCUGAUUGUUAUUCGUGGAUUGAUAGUGCAAAAGACAAAAUUGAUAAGUGACUGCAGCCGACUUUUGAAGGAUCUUCUGGACGGUCUUUUGCUGGAGAGCGAUGAAAAUAAAAAGCAUUUCAUUCAGGCAUGCAUUCGCGGUCUACUGACUCAUGGGGAGGACAAAAGAGGACGGUCUAAUUUGUUCAUUUUGGAGCAACUCUGUAACCUGAUCUGCCCAUCAAAACCGGAAGCUGUGUAUCAUUUGAUACUAAACAAGGCACACACGCAAGAGGAGUUUAUCCGUGGUUCAAUGACUAAAAACCCUUACUCCAGUGCUGAAAUAGGUCCAUUGAUGCGUGAUGUCAAAAACAAAAUUUGUAACCAGUUGGAUCUUUUGGGUCUUAUCGAGGAUGAUUACGGUAUGGAAUUGCUUGUAGCUGGAAAUAUAAUCUCCCUUGAUUUGAGCAUCGCUCAGGUUUAUGAGCAAGUUUGGAAAAAGUCAAGUAGCCAGUCUUCAAACACGGUUGCUGCUGCCACAUUGCUUUCUUCUGCUGCUGCCACAUCAGCAAGAGAUUCUCCCCCUAUGACUGUAACCUACAGGCUUCAGGGGUUGGACGGUGAAGCCACCGAGCCCAUGAUCAAAGAACUGGAUGAAGAUAGAGAAGAGUCUCAAGAUCCCGAGGUGGAGUUUGCUAUAGCAGGUGCUGUGCGCGAGUGUGGCGGGUUGGAAAUUUUAUUGGAAAUUGUUCAGCGUUCACGAGAUGAUUUGAAGUCAAACCAGGAGCAACUGGUAGCUGUUUUGAAUCUUCUAAUGCACUGCUGCAAAAUAAGGGAAAACAGGAGGGCCUUGUUGAGGCUUGGAGCUUUAAGUUUACUUCUAGAAAUCGCACGGCGUGCGUUUUCUGUUGACGCCAUUGAGCCAGCUGAAGGCAUUCUUUUAAUCGUUGAGAGUUUGACAAUGGAAGCUAACGAGAGCGAUAAUAUCAACAUCACACAGAACGCUCUUACAGUCUCCAAUGAAGAAGCUGGGGCUGGUGAACAAGCCAAGAAAAUAGUUCUCAUGUUUUUGGAACGGCUGUCUCACCCACUAGGCCUUAAGAAAUCAAGCAAACAGCAGAGAAACACCGAGAUGGUUGCUAGAAUUUUGCCUUACUUGACUUACGGUGAGCCUGCUGCAAUGGAAACACUCGUUCAACACUUUGACCCAUACCUAAAGAAUUGGGUCGAGUUUGACCAGCUUCAGAAACAAUAUCUCGAAAACCCAAAGGAUGAGAGCCUCUCUUUGCAAGCUUUAAAACAGAGGUUUGCAGUGGAGAACUUUGUUAGGGUUUCAGAGUCGAUGAAGACAAGUUCUUGCGGUGAAAGACUAAAAGACAUCAUAUUGGAAACCGGGAUUACCGAAGUUGCAGUUAGACAUUUGAAAGAAAGUUUCGUCUUUACCGGAGAGGCUGGAUUUAAAUCUAGCCCAGAAUGGAAUUCGGGAUUAAAGCUUGCGUCUGUUCCUCUCAUAUUGUCUAUGCUUAGAGGACUCUCAAUGGGACACUUGGCAACACAGAAAUGCGUGGAUGAAGGAGGGAUAUUACCUUUGCUCCAUGCCUUAGAAGGUGUGUCUGGUGAAAACGAUAUCGGAGCAAGAGCUGAAAACUUGUUAGAUACCCUCUCAGAUAAAGAGGGAAAAGGUGACGGGUUUCUUGCUGAGAAGGUUCGCGCGUUGCGCCAUGCCACACGCGACGAAAUGAGACGCCGUGCUCUAGUGAGGAGAAAGGAGUUGCUUCAGGGACUUGGAAUGCGUCAAGAAUUAGGUACUGACGGUGGGAAGAGAAUCGUGGUUGCACAGCCAAUCCUUGAAGGUUUAGAAGAGAUGGAAGAAGAGGAAGACGGGUUGGCUUGCAUGGUAUGCCGUGAGGGAUAUCGACUUAGACCAGAUACCUUGCUCGGUGUCUACACAUUCAGUAAGCGGGUAAAUCUAGGUGUUGGAACUUCCGGAAGCACCCGUGGAGAUUGCGUUUAUACAACCGUUAGCCAUUUCAACAUCAUUCACUUCCAGUGCCACCAGGAAGCCAAGCGAGCAGAUGCUGCACUUAGAAAUCCAAAGAAGGAAUGGGACGGGGCCGCCCUCAGAAACAACGAGACACUUUGCAAUAAUCUUUAUCCCAUUAGAGGUCCCGCCGUUCCGUUACCUCAGUAUACACGUUAUGUUGAUCAGUACUGGGAUUACCUUAAUGCCCUUGGACGUGCCGAUGGAAGUCGACUUCGCUUGUUGACUUAUGAUAUAGUUCUGAUGCUUGCACGAUUUGCCACUGGUGCAUCGUUUAGCACCGACAGUAGAGGCGGAGGAAAGGAAAGCAAUGCAAAGUUUCUCCCGUUUAUGAUCCAGAUGGCUCGUUACUUUGUCGAUCAUGAUUCUUCUCAACGAAAUAAUCUUGCAAAAUCUGUUGGAGCAUAUCUUGCUUCUUCCACUUCGACUCCAGCUUCUGUUUCCACGCCGGAUUCUAAAUCCCCGACCUCUUCCUCUGCGGGAACAGAGGAAACAGUUCAGUUUAUGAUGGUGAGUUCCCUUCUUUCAGAAUCUUAUGAGUCUUGGUUGCAACACCGCCGUGCUUUCCUGCAGCGUGGUAUAUACCAUGCAUACAUGCAACGCACUCAUGCCAGGUCAUCACACCGCUCGUCAUCAUCAUCAUCGUCGUCUACACCAUCUACUCCCACCAAGUCAGAUACAACGCCAGAGGAACUACUGCCUAUAAUCCAGCCGAUGCUCGUGUACACUGGGUUAAUCGAGCAACUCCAACGCUACUUCAAGGUGCAAAAGAAAGGAGCAAGUCAAACAGGGGAGAAGGACGAGGAGGGUUGGGAGUCAUUGAUGAAGGCGAAACUGUUAGAUGUGAAAGAGCUGGUGGGGUUCUCUAAAGAGAUGUUAUCAUGGCUGGAAGAUAUGACUAGUGCUACUGAUUUACAGGAGGCCUUUGAUGUUAUUGGUGUUUUGGCUGAUGUCAUGUCAGGCCCGUCUGGGAAGUGUGAGGAUUUUGUUUACGCUGCAAUUGAAGCUGGCAAAGGCUCGAGUUUCUGAGGAUGCUUGGGUUCGGGUUCAGUUCCAGGUCCGGUUCAUUCAUGGUUGGUAUGUAAACGCGACCAAAUUUUGACUUAUGAUAUUGUUGUACGUGUCGAUGAGUACUUUCUUGUUUGAAACUCACAUGGGAUUGAAUGUUUGUGCACAUUUAUGGUGAAGUAUAAUAAUUUGCAUUCAUCAUAUUA